GCCGGGCCUGGCUUAGCGGCGGCGGUGCGCGGCCGGGCUCUGCGCUCGGUGUUGGGCGGGCGGCGCCUCGCGGCUCUCUCCUCGUCCUCCUCCUCCCCGUCCCCGGCCUCCUCCCGGCGCACGGCCCCGCUGCCCGCAGGCAGCCCCGGCUCCGGGCGCUCCAUCUCGGGCGCCCCCCUCGGCCGCUUCCGGAGGAAGGAGCGGCGCGGCUGCCCCCUCCCCCUCCCCGCCUUCCUCCUCCUCCUCCUUCUCCUCCUCCUCCUCGCUCCGGACUCACCGCGGCGCACGGACGGGCCCGGCGGCGGCGGCGGCGGCGGCGGCACUCGCACACAAUGGCGCUGAAACGCAUCAACAAGAUGCCUUGACAAGUGCAGAUUUAUAGAAGUUCCUGAAGCCAUUUUUAGAUUCAAAACUGAGCAGGGAAGAAGGAAGGAACUUAGUGACUUAGCCCGUGAUCCUCCAGCACAGUGUUCAGCAGGUCCCGUUGGAGAUGACAUGUUUCAUUGGCAAGCCACAAUUAUGGGACCUAAUGACAGUCCAUAUCAGGGUGGUGUAUUCUUCUUGACAAUUCACUUUCCUACAGACUACCCUUUCAAACCACCUAAGGUUGCAUUUACAACAAGAAUCUAUCAUCCAAAUAUUAACAGUAAUGGCAGCAUUUGUCUCGAUAUUCUAAGAUCACAGUGGUCUCCUGCUUUAACUAUUUCUAAAGUUCUCUUAUCCAUUUGUUCACUGUUAUGUGAUCCAAAUCCAGAUGACCCGCUAGUGCCAGAGAUUGCACGUAUCUAUAAAACAGACAGAGACAAGUACAACAGAAUAUCUCGGGAAUGGACUCAGAAGUAUGCCAUGUGAUGCUACCUUAAAGUCAGAAUAACCUGCAUUAUAGCUGGAAUAAACUUUAAAUUACUGUUCCUUUUUUGAUUUUCUUAUCCGGCUGCUCCCCUAUCAGACCUCAUCUUUUUUAUUUUUUUGUUUACCUCCUUCCAUUCAUGCACAUGCUCAUCUGAGAAGACUUUAGUUCUUCCAGCUUUGGACAAUAACUGCUUUUAGAAUCUGUAAAGUAGUUACACAAGAACGAUUGCCCAAGAUUCUGAAUAUUUUUUUUUAAUGGAGCAUGUGUAUUAUGUGGCCAAUGUCUUCAUUCUAACUUGGUUAUGAGAUUAAAAAACAAACAUUCCUCACUGCUCUAACAGAUACUGAAGAUACCACCUGAAAGGGGGGAGGGGAGAUGGAUGUUCAGUUUUCACCCAUCAAAGAAGUAACUUCGCUGUAGCAACAUCCAUCUUGUUCCAAACCUUCCAGUGUUAGAGAACUGAGGUUUUAUUAUAUAUUUUUGCUCAUAACUGAUGUGUCUGGAGAAUUGGUACUGAAUCUAUAGCAUCAGCAGAACAGAAAAUGUGAUGUAUCUUAUGCAUGUCAAUAAAGGAAUGACCAGUUCUUGUUUUACAGAGAAUGGAAAUUGGAAGUCAAACAUCCCUUGUAUUCCAAAAUAGGGUCUAAGAACAUUUUUGUAAUUCAUUUAAAUUUUGUUAGGAGGCUUGGAGCUAUUAGUUAAUCUGUCUUCCAAAACACUGUUUAAUAUAGCACUGAAUAAAUGAUGCAAGUUGUCAAUGGAUGAGUGAUCAACUAAUAGCUCUACUAGUAAUUGAUUUAUUUUCUUCAAUAAAGUUGCAUAAACCAAUGAGUUAGCUGCCUGGAUUAAUCAAUAUGGGAAACAAAAUCUUUUGUAAAAGCAAAGCUGGUUUUUGUAUAUACUGUUGGGAUUUGCCUCAUUGUUUAACAUCAAAUAAUGAUGUGAAGUUCAAUAGAGUGAAUCUUUUGCCAUUUUCAGUUAUAAUGCUCAGUCUGUUGCAGGUUGACACAUUGUUCGGCCUGAUGUAUGCAGAAUUAAUAAGCUAACCUAGUAGUGUAGCCUUAGUAGUGUGCUACACAUGGUGCUGGGAGCCCAGCGUUCAAGGAUGGACUGGGGACCCAGCAGAUCUGAAGUGGUGUAUUGUGGAGACACUUCCUGAUGCACCUGUGUUUGCUGACUGAGAACCUUUUUCUUCACCUUGUACACUUGACAGCUGAAAGAUCUUAAUGUGGGAGUAAUGAUGAGGCAAAAAAAAAUAUAAAAUAAAGUACUGUUUUGAUGUGGGAAUUGUCAUGAGGCUGUGUUGAAGUGACUUUACUAUGUGGGAUGUUCGUUACCGUUGAAAAGGACUUGUUCAGCCAUGCUGCCAUUUACAUUAAUGACUAUUUUAAUGCAACAGACACUUUCCUCAUGUCAGGUGACUAAACGUGAAUAAAGACUCAUUGCUAUUGGA